GAUCACUCCAACUCGCACCCGCGCAACCAUGGGACUAUUGCACAAUUUGCUGCAAGACAUGGAGAUGCAGAUGGAAGAUGGCCAACUUCUUCAUAUUUGCUGUCUUUUAAACCCUAAGAAUUCGCUCUUGGAAUAUCACACUGUUCUGGGGGCUGAGUUAACACACAUUACUGUUGUCCUCCACGCCGUCUUUGACAUCGACUCCCUAUAUCCCGAGACUUUUCUUCUUGCUUCUCUGGAACAGGCUUCCUCCCGAUAGAGGAUAUCGUACUAACACUAUCCAACAUGGAUCGGGACCGGACACUUCGGGGAUCCUGCUCCUGCGGCCGCAUUCAAUAUGCCAUUCUUAUCCCUCGCAACGCCGUCACGCACGCUGAGGUCUAUUUUGAUACAAGCAGUGACCGCCGGAGAAACCAAGCAGCCCCAUUAACGGCAUGGCUCCGCGUACCCCUGGAUUGGUACCAGUCGACCACAACAUCCUAUUUCCCAGAUGAAACACACAGCGCUAUCCGCCGCACCUUUAUCCCGCCUAACGCACCGCAUUCCCAGCGCAAUUUCUGUGGCUUCUGCGGCACCCCUAUGUCAUACUGGAGCGAAAACCCGCCCGAGGAAGCUGAGUUUAUCUCGGUGACCAUAGGCAGUUUGUUCAGCGAGGACCAGGGCGCGCUAGAGGAUUUGGAUCUUCUGCCUUCAGAUGUUGAUACGGAUGUGGAAGUUGCCAGCGGCCGCGCCACUCCCACCACCUCUACUGGUCCACCGGUUCCCUCCGCUGUUACAUCUGCGUCCACCCAACUGGGCCCGAGAUUCAUAGAACCACGAGUGUCGGUCAAGCAUCGGUUUGGUAUCGUCAAUGGCAUUCCAUGGUUUGAGGAAAUGAUGCAAGGGAGCCGGCUAGGCAGGGUUGGGAGGAGAAGACGCGGGGUGGGUAUCAGUGCGGAUCGAUCGACGAGAGUGGAAUGGGAGGUGAGCGAGUGGCAUGAUGAUGGUUUAGGUCCCGUCGUGGAAGACCUUACCCCUGGCUCUGGCUCUGCUUCUGACGUCUACACGCCAUCACGAGCGUCCAAAAGGAAAACUCCUGAGGUGGAUGGUGGUGAGUGAGUGAGUGAAUUAAUGAAUGGGACGGGGCGAUGAAACUCAUUGCAUGAGGUGGAGACAUUCCUGCUUUUGAUUGUUUAACUUUUAGGUGGUUGGCUUCGUUGGCUUUGGGACACCCGUCCUAUCUUCCUUGGGGCAAUCCUUGGACGUUACAGGUACCUGUUCUGUUCUAUAUACUGCUGCUCCUGAUAAUGAACUUCAUUAUCGCCUGCUCUGCCACUACACUCAUUCACAAGAUGGUUCUCCAUGCCAUACUAUAAGAACAUACCCAUUUUUUGGGCUAUUUUACGUGCCAUUCUUGCGGAAAGAUAAAUAUUGCACAUAGCAUGGACACAAAAACAUACGGCUAUAUGUUUACUCUUCAACUACGUUCCGAUCUCCUGUUACUGGAUUUCGUCCACCGUUGAACCGGCAUUCCCAAAAAUUCCCUUCUAUAUUGCCAUUGAAGUCUAGUAUAAAUGAUGCUUCAUGUCCUUAUCCCCCAUCUUUAAUGACAGUGCCCUCAGUUACCACUAGCCUAGAAGCUUGACCCCAACUCCUAGCGCUGAGGGGGAUCAUAUUCAUGUUGUCUACAUUGGUUUGACAUGCAUUCUAUCUUGCCAUUGUCAUUAUAUCAGCGCCCAUACCACUGCAAGGUUGCUAGACUUGACAUUGUGACCAUAUAUAUUUCCUGGAUAUUCAACAAAGGCCAUUAAUAACAUUCCCUUGGUUCUUGUUUGUUAUGGAUGCUGUUUGAUGAGCUGUUGAACUGCAAUGUUUUGAGCAUUGAUAGAGAAAGAUAUUUUCUAGUUAUUACCAUCUUACUAUUUCUUAACAUUUUUGUUAAUCUUUUCUUAACUACAUAUAUCUUAACCUUUUUAAUUUCUCUUUAUGUUUUGUAGGGAGAAUGUUUCUCAGAGCUCUGACAUAGUUUCUCUCCACACUCUAUGAGUGUUCACAUCAGAUACUCCUAUAACAUCACAACUUUCUCAUUUGGUUUAGUCAUGCUUCAUGAGACAAUGCUCUUAAACUGAGUCUCUCUGAAGACUCACAUCAUACAAAUUUUCACACAAUUUCUCCUUCUUCUUCUCCUCUUCUUCUGUUUCUUCUUGUUCUUAUUUUCCCCAUAUUCUCCUUCUU